AUGGCAGAAGCAAGCAGAUACGGGGCUGACAUCGCCGCAGGACCCGAGCGAAGCAGACUGCGGCGCGACGUGAAACGACGCUGGACGUGCCCAGCAGGGGGACGUUUCGGCGUGUUUUUUUCGUCUUUAGGCUCUCGUCUUUUCUUUGUCUCCCUGGUUCUCGGCAACGUGUUUCCUUCCUCUGGCUGGAGCGACGUCGUAGUUGCUGCGAAGGAUGCGCAGCCUGUCUCGCAGGUGCUGCCCGUCAUCACGCCCGCCGAGGAGGACGGCGGAUCGCCCACAGAAAGCACAGGCGCUGCAGGGAGCCGUCUAGAAGAUUUCGCUGUUCCAGCAGUGGCCGGUUCGCCAAAACCCCACCCAGCGCCUGCGCCCUCGUCUCCACCUUCUUCCGCUUUGUCUGCCGCAGAGGUCGCUCCCCUCGCGCGAGUGUCUCCGUCCUUCGUGCCUCCGGUCUUUGCUGCUUGGCGCGCGGACGGCUUCGCAUUUGACAGAACGUCCACGCGCAUUUUCCUUUUUCCCCAAGCUGAGCGAUUCGCAGUUCCGCUUCUCUCGCUGGUCUCUCGAGAGGGUGGCGACGAGCGUCUCGAAGGAGCGCGAGGCGGCGGCGCGGCACCGGGAGAGAAGACGGCACAGGAGGCUCUGACUGUGCCUUCUUCCUCGUCGUCUCUGCGUUCCUCUUCGCCUGCCGGACAGGGCGCUUCCGGACUCGAGGCGCGAAGCCAGUCUCUGCGGAAAGAAGGGGUGGCGCAGCGGGAGCAGAACAGCGGGGUGGGGAGGGCGAGUGAGACGCCUUCCGUACGCUCGCCCUCGCGGACGAACGGGGGGGCAGCCUCAGGGAGAAGAGAGGACGCCCGUUUGACUCGCGCAGUGGUCACAUACUUUCCAGCGACCGGCAAGGACGAAAUAGAGACACUUGAAAGACUCUACGGGCUCGUGGAGUCGUGGAGGUUCACCUUUGGCGUGCUGGAGAGACCAAACGUUGAGGGCGACGCUCUGCACAAUGGCUUCCUCUCCAGCUCGCCCUCGGUGGAGCAAAGCUCCGGGGGCUCCGGAGAGACCGAGCCGGCGCUUCGCCUUCCUCCUGCCGGAGUGCCUCUCAUCAAUGAUUUAAUCAUCUUCGCGGAUCCGCGCUUGCAAUCCUCCAAGCUCCCUCCGGUGUGCGAGCAGCUGCGGCCGUGGGAGGGGCAUCUCCUGGCCUCUCUCCGGCUGCAAUCUCGGUUGGAGACUGUGUCGCUUCUCCGCUCUCUUCGUCUCCCUUCUCCGUCGUCUUCUCCAGUGGCGAGCUCUCCCGAGCUCUCCGCCGCGCCCGCGUCUCCCGGCGUUCAGCCGUCGCCUCGCGUGUCUCCUGCGGCUUCGCUUGCAUUUUUGUCGCUUUUCUCUCGCAAGCGGCUGCGGCGCUUGGCGGCGCGCGUGUCUGGGUCGAACUGGAGACUGCAUCCGAGUCGCUGCUUCGUGAUUUUCACCUUUGUGAAUGGCGUCCGCACACCAGACAGCAGGUGGGAGAAACGGCAUAUCCAGGACGCCGUCGAGGCAGAGCUCGCUUAUUUGGCUGAGCCGAUUAUCGCCACAGUUCUUGACGCGUACGAAGAGGUGCUGAAAAUCCCGUUGACUGCUUUCGUGACUCCGUCGCUGCUGGUUCGCCGAGAGCGACGAACGGCGCAGCCAGCAGCGGAAGCGAGACAAGGAGGACGACGGGCAGGCGUGCUUGGAGCUUCAGGAGAAGAGAGACGGAGAGAUGCAGAAAGCGAAAGAGACGAAUACACAGAGGGAGAAAGCGGCAGAAAAGGAGGAAGGGGAGGAGAAGAAGCCUUGUGGCUUGUCGUUCAGGAAUCCAAGUCCUGCAGCUCUGAGACUAGCAAAAUAGCGGUUGCAGAGUACGCGAGGUUGUUCGGUCUGCAGCACAGAGGCCAGGUCCUUAUCGGCGACGUCUGGCUGGGGCCGUCCCGCGUUGUGGCGCGCCUUUCGAGGCUAGCGUUUCUGAUUGCGAAUUUCCUUCUGCUGCACGACUCAGUGCUUGCGCGUUCAGAGGGCCGCGCGCCAGACUGGUCGCUGGACUGUCUGCCCUCGUACGCUCUGCAAAUUGCGCUCGGGCACCUGGUUGCGCCAGACAUGCUUGUCGUGCACCCUCAGCUGGCGCUAGAUCUUUCCUCCUCGUCGGCAGAGGCGCUGGACGCGAGUCCGUACGCGGCAGAGACUUGGGUGCUAACGGAGAGCGAGAAGCGAACCGGCGCGAGGGCGAAGCUGCAGGAUGAGGCCGCGCGAAAGCGAGAGGCGAACAACAGCGACAGCGUGCUGCUGCGGCUCUAUCGAGACGUCGAGCUUUUUGCGCCUCUUUCUGACCCGUCGUCGUCUCGUUCUGAGGAAGCAGACGGAGGGAGAGAGGGAGAGUCUACAGGCGGCGUGAAGACACUGAGAGACUUUGCAAAGGCGUGUGCGGCCCAUGGGAAACAGCGGCUUCGACAGCGACUUAGAGCCAUUCUGUAUCCCCUCCGCGAGCCACCCGUUUUGCGAGCUGGCGACGAGGUCUUGAAUGCCGUUCCACCCGCCACGUCCUCGCUCGGAGCUUUGGGUGGAGAGCGCAGCAGAGAUUUCCCGAUUUUCCCGACGGCGUACAUUCGCACAGAACUGCGUGAGUUCUUUCGGUGUCCCGCGGAGCAUCCCUACCCUUUCACGCAUCCGGACUUCGCCGAUCACUGCUGCAAAACGCAGCGCGACUGUCACGGAAACGCGUUGACUUCCCUUUCCUCGUGCUGCUACAACGACGAGCAGACGCAGUGCCGCGCGCCGCCGUGUGAUCCUGGAGCCGAAGAUGCCAGGAUGGAUUCGCCGCCUCCGAUGCCGCCCCACGAGUGUCCGCCGUCCUUUCCGUAUCCGUACAGCGCCGUCGAAACUCUAGCUUUCUGCUGCGCGACAGACAAGGACUGCUGGGGGGAACUCCUCCAUCCCGGUUCGAGUUGCUGCGAGAACCAUGACUAUAUGCAGUGCCCAGAUCCGCCGUGUGCGCCUCACAGAAACGUCCUCUCCGCUUUGGGGGCAGAAGCGCGGUACAGCUUGAGCCCCGAGCGAGCAGCCAGGCAAAACGCAGCGCUGAGCAAGAUUGGUAUGAGUCGAGCGAAGGCGGUCAAGACGUACGUUGAGGUGCUCCAGAAGCUUUGCGUGAUUGAUGACUACAUGAAUGACGCUUUCCGUGAGGACGAGGCAGACUCGAGCGGCAUCGGCGUCGACGAAGACGACCAUGGAACUGACCGUGGCGACGGAAGGCGCCGGUGA